CACGAACCCAUACAUCCUUUUUUCUAUCUCAAAUCGACGUUCAAUAACCCAACAAACGACCAAAAAUGACCGGAGGCAAAUCUGGAGGCAAGGCCAGCGGCAGCAAGAACGCGCAAUCGCGUUCGUCCAAGGCUGGUCUUGCGUUCCCUGUUGGACGUGUUCACCGUCUCCUUCGUAAGGGUAACUAUGCCCAGCGUGUUGGUGCUGGUGCUCCCGUUUACCUCGCUGCCGUCCUCGAAUAUCUUGCCGCGGAAAUUCUCGAAUUGGCGGGCAAUGCCGCUCGUGACAACAAGAAGACCCGUAUCAUCCCUCGUCACCUUCAGCUUGCCAUCCGUAACGAUGAGGAGUUGAACAAACUUCUGGGUCAUGUCACCAUCGCCCAGGGUGGUGUCCUUCCAAACAUUCACCAAAACUUGCUUCCCAAGAAGACCCCCAAGGCCGGAAAGGGACCGAGCCAAGAGCUGUAGAAUGUUUUCACGUUUUUUCUUUUCUUUUUCGUGGGUUUAUUUCCGGCGUGAUUCGGUUUUGUUAUUGAUGUGAUUCGGGGUUCUGGACUGGGCACGUUUAUGGCUCUGCUUUUUUUUUUUU